CUACUUUUGUGACAUCACCCCACUGCUUAUAUACUUAGGGAAUGGUCCAGGGUUCCCCUUAUGGGUUCAGACGGUCACAAAGUCCUCUCAAGGCAGCGAGGGAAGGAAGCAGCUGUACUUUCUCUCUCUUUCUGUCCGUGUCUGUGUCUGUCUCUCUCAUCUCUUCUUCUUAGUAUUGAUGGACUUUACUUUCUAGAGGGCUGAAGAUGGCAAGAAUGAGAAUUCAACUGGUGUGUGUGAUCCUGCUGGCUUGCACCUCCUGGAGCCUUUGCUCAGAUUCAGAAGAGGAAAUGAAAGCGUUAGAAGCAGAUUUAUUGACCAAUAUGUAUACAUCAAAGAUUAACAGAGCAAAACUUCCUUACUGGAAGAUGACCCUGCUAAAUGUGUGCAGUCUUAUAAACAACAUAAACAAUCAAGCAGAGGAACCAGUGGAGUCUGAGGAAGAUGAUGUCCUUCAAAGAGGACAGUUUCCUGCUGCUUUGGAUGGCUCCAACUUGGAAGCGAUGCUGGCAAUAUACCAACUCCAAAAAGUUUGCUACAGCAGAGCCUUUCAGCAAUGGGAGUUACUUCAGCAAGAUGGUUUCAAUCAAGAGGAAUCAAACCAAGAUAUAAUGAAGAGAAAAACUCCUUAUAUCCUGAAACGGCAACUACAUGUUAACAAAGCCAGAAGACCGUACAUACUCAAGAGAAGUUCAUACUACUGAUGCAGCAAAGACAGCAAUGUAUAUUUAGUUUGAGCAACUGUGCUUUAUGGUUAUCUGAUUUAAAUCUAAAAUCAUAUUUGUGUGAAAAUAUACUGUGAAAAAUCAUCAAGAUUAUAACAUAACUGUGUCUUUUUUGCAUUGUUGUUUCUUGAAUGUGAUUUUUCCUACUUGAGAUUAAUUGGACCAAUACAUUUACAAAUAAAUCUAGUUUCUAAGCAUGA